GAAAGCUGUAGUUGGAGGCAUGUCUGCGGGUGCCAUCGGACAGUUUUUCGCCAGCCCGACUGAUCUGGUGAAGGUGCAGAUGCAGAUGGAAGGAAGAAGGAAGUUGGAAGGAAAGCCGUUACGGUUUCGAGGAGUGCACCAUGCUUUUAUGAAGAUUCUGUCCGAAGGAGGAAUACGGGGGCUCUGGGCUGGAUGGGUGCCAAAUGUCCAGAGAGCUGCUCUGGUGAACAUGGGAGAUCUGACCACUUAUGACUCAGUGAAACACUUUCUGCUCCUGAACACGCCGCUGGUGGACAAUAGCGUGACUCACAGUGUUGCCAGUUGCUGUUCUGGCCUGGUAGCUGCUGUUCUGGGAACUCCUGCUGACGUGGUCAAAACCCGGAUAAUGAACCAGCCGAGAGACAAGCAGGGAAGAGGUCUGCUGUAUAAGUCUUCCAUGGACUGCUUGAUUCAAACUGUACAGGGCGAAGGGUUUAUGUCUCUGUACAAAGGCUUUAUACCAACCUGGAUGCGAAUGGCUCCUUGGUCACUGGUAUUCUGGCUUACGUAUGAACAAAUCAGAAGGAUCUGUGGAGUUAGUUCUUUUUAA